CUGAAAUCCUUCCAUUGAUAUUCAGCCCGGUGUCCUAUAUAUGAGAAGAGCAGAAAAAAACCCCAACAGCGCAGUGUGCAAACCUGAGCAUGAUGUGAGACUGAGACAAAGACAAGAGCAGGAUAGCCACCUUGACUUUGGACUAACAGCGAAGGAAGCAAUAAAACUGGAUUCAGAAUGGGAACUGUCCCUAACCCUAAAAGGACUGUUACUGUUCAAAUGGUACCUCGACUAUCUGGUAUGGAUACUUUGGGCAACAAGGACACAAACACAAUCUGUCUCCAAAAUUCAGGUUUAAACCUGACAAAGGAUUGCGCUUCUACCCAAAAAACAAACCCAGAUCAGGAUAAUAUGCAACAAAAGUCUGCAAGUAAAGAGAAACAAUUGGAAGGGACAUCCAACUCUCCUUCUUUUCAUAAGGAGGAUCAGAGAAAGCCUGAUGCCCAGGAACCUCAUGAAAACACCAAGAUGGAAACCAGCAAUGUAAAUUCAAAGUCGUUACCAACCGUUACUGCCAAAAGCAACGAUGUUUGCUCAAGUAGUCCAUCAUGUGACGAAAAGCUUCCACAAGAUGACAAGGGAAGAAAUGGUAGUCAUGCUAAACAAGGAAUCAAGGAAGAGAAAAUUGAGGAGAAACUACAGAGUAGAGCAUCAGGAUCCGAGGAACCCACAACGCAAAGUCAAAAGCCAUGUCACACAUGUGAUCCUAAGCUCACAGACUUACCUCUCAGCAACAGGAACACAAACAAUGACCAAUUACAUGAACUGAAUGAAACAAGCUGCACCAUUAGCUCAGAUCUAGCUCUGAACACCAGCACAGAUGAGAGGAAUCAGCUACGUCCAGAAUCAACUAGCAAACUGCAAGAAGGGACUUGCCAUCAAGGCCUUACAGCAGAGGAUUCCAAAUCAGUUCCUAAACCAGCAGAAACCUCUCAGCCAGCAAACAGCAAAGAGAAACCUGAGGCAGAUCUCAGUAAAUUACAAGCCAACAAAAAACAGACCACACCUCUUAAAGAAAAAGAGUCCUGCCCAAAAUCUGAUGCAAAUGAUCUGAAACCCCACCAAACUGUCGCAAUAGACAGCAGUUCUCAGCAUUCCCUGGGGAUUUCCUCAAAUAACUCCCUUCAUGCUGAAGUGACUGAUGAAGCAGUUCAAACACAAGCUUCGGAGGAUAAUAAGGCGAAACACUGUAAACUGUACCGUGAGGCCUCCACCAUGACAUCAACAGCAGACUGUGGUACCUCACCCUGCAAACAGCACCAGGAUGUAGAGGUACAGGCUGUGGCUUUAGUCUGCACUCGAGCGGUUGAAACAAGUCCCAGCCUUUUUCCAUACCAACCCAAACGGGUGUCUGUUUGUCAUCAAAUGGAACAAAUGGAGAGCCUUGCAAUGGUAUACCAUAAGGACAACACAGAGGCACCGAUUAUACUGGAAAUGUCCGGUAGUUCAUGUGGCCCAUCUAUCACAACCUUGUCAGAGGGACUUCCUCAAUCUGGAGGCAUUUUGGUGCACACAGAUGGCAUUUUACAACAGGAGACCAGGCUUGGAGCCAAGCCCAAGGAGCCUGGGCCACCAAUUUACAAUGCCCCAAAAGGAUAUUCACCACUUCAACCAGUUUAUCAGAUCAAUAUCGAGACAUGCAAUCAAAAUAAGCUUUCAACUGAAGCUAGUUGUCAAAGUCAGAGCUACAAUGUCUCCCCUGCGCUUUCUGUUUCGAAUUCUGUGAAACAGGACCCCAAGGGGAAGGGCUUUGGUGAGAUUUCGACCACAGCAACUGAUCAGGCCUGUCAAGCUCUGUCUGUAACAAGUACUCAGUCAGAACAACCUGCAAAGCCUCCUGCUGCUAAAUCUCCUAUUUCACAGUCAAAGUCGUCUCCACAUGUGGUCAGUCCUUGCACAGCAGCUAAUGAGAGCAACACAGAGGCUUCUGCCCCACCAUCAAGCUCCACUUCAGAGAACAAAAAAAAGACAGAGCAGCUGGUGAACAAAUCCAUAGCCAAGUCUGCAAAGCGAGAUUCCACGUUGGAGCCAGAAAGGGAUAAGGAGGAUGAGAAGGCAGCCAAGGCAAACAAGAAGAGUGUUCAUGACGUGGUGUGGGAUGAGCAGGGCAUGACAUGGGAGGUCUACGGCGCAUCACUGGAUCCAGAGUCGCUCGGUUUCGCUAUCCAGAGUCACCUCCAGUGCAAAAUCAAAGAGCACGAGAAGAAGAUCAUGGCUCAGACGGCACUCAGGAAAUCCAUGUCGGGUGCAGCGUCUGACUCACCCUCGGCCACAAAGAGCAAGCGAAGGCAAGCUAACGUCUUCAGGUCCAUGUUCCAAAAUGUCAGACGGCCCAAUUGUUGCGUACGUCCACCCCCCUCGGCAGUGCUGGAGUGAGCGAGAACUGCUGAGUAAUCGUGGUCCUAUGAUUGCCUGGUACAGAAUCUUCCUCGAGGGUUUCUAGUGCAAAGCAUGACAGGACUAUUCCUGGUUCAUGAUGCAGAAUGUGCAAAAAAUAAAAAUAAAAAAACAUGGUGAGUGUGUAGGUGAGGGCAGUAAUCAGUAUUAUUAAAGGAAGUAUUUUAAAAAAAAAUAAAAAAUGUGCCAAGAGUAAA